AUGGACUCGGGCGAGUACGACACGUAUCAAUUCUUCAUCAUAUUCAUGAGCGUACCUUUUGCCGGCCAAGCCGCUUCCCAAUUUAUCGGUGCAGCCGGGAGCUUCACACGCGCAAAGGGUGCAAUCAAUUAUCUUCUCAAUUUGCGAGAUCAAGAAGCGAUUAUUCAAGAGACCGCGCAGAACCAUGACGAAGGGCCGUCUGGUGAUAACUCACUAUCGUUAAGCGAUGUUCGCUUCAGCUAUCCAGGCCGCGUGGCCUCCGUGCUCAAGGGUAUUUCUCUGACCGUUUCACCCGGCAGCUUUGUUGCCUGA